AGGGAGCAGCCCCCACAGACUGCUAAAACCCUUGAAAGGCCACAGGGUCCAGCAGAGGGUGACUACCGCGAAGAUGAGGAAGAUGGGGAAAUCUGGUAAGAGUGGCUUGAUGGGUGCCUUGGAUUCACACACCAGGAACAUCUACGAGACGUUGAAGAUGUUUGAUGAGACGGCGGCGGCUUCACUAGAGAGGACAGACUGGAAGGAAGUGAUAAAACUAGGGGAAGAGAUCGCCAAGCAAGCAACUGUGGCUGGCAUACUUUGGACUGGAGAAGCACCAAAAGUCACAGAGCUUGAGGAGAGCAUGGGCGUUUAUUUCAACAUGCUUAAUGGGUUGCUUCUACUUUGUCAUGGAAGUACGGUUGGUGCUGGGCCUACUCUGCACGCAAGCAUUUGUGCAUCUACAAAACAAAUGAUAGAGUCCAGCCUUUCAUUCUUGCGGGCAGCAGUCUUGUCCUAUGAAAAUCCAAGUUCAGGCCAAAGACAAACAAUACCAACACUUGUUGGCUUGGUUUGGGAGUCAUGCCAGGCACUCAAGACGACUCCCACUAAUAAUCCCACUGCAAUUGGUAGAAAAAUCAUCCAGGUUGCUGCAUCAGUUAAAGAUGUGCUGCGGGAAAUGAAGGAGCUCAAGCCUGCUGAUGAAACCAGAGCAAACCAAACAGGCGAGGAUCAUGACACUCGUCCUGAUGCGGAAGCUGAGGCCACGGUGGACGAUGACGAGGGAGAGUCUAGCACAGCCAGUGACAUAGGCAGCAACUUGUCUCCACAGGAGAUGGUCAUUGCUGCAUCAGUGAUUCUUGUUGCAUCCGACACACUACAGUACAUCAAAGAACUUCUUAGGUUUGUUACUGCACUUUCGAAGAAACCAGAUGUUGCAAACAGCACCAGCGUGGUUGUUUCGUUGGAGAAUCUGCUGCAGAUAUGUGAGAAGAUUGGAGUUCAAAUUGAUGAGCUUGGAGCCAGUGUAUACCCUCCACAAGAGACUUCUUUAAUGAACACUGCUGUUAGAAAGCUUGUUGAGUGCAUCGAAAGAACUCGGGCAGAAGUUCAAAGUUUUGACACCAUGCCUGAAGGUCUAUCUCAGGUUUGUCAAGCUCUCGAGAAUUCAUUGAACAAGUUGGAAAGUGAUUUAGGAUGCUUAGAUCAGGAAAGAGUUCCUGAGAUUCAUAAACUUCAUUUGAACACCUAGAACCUCUUGAUCCAUUUAUUGUACUGAUGGUCAAUCUCUUGAAUACCAUGUCUGGAUACGUUGUGUUGCCCUUUUUCACUUGCUAAUGGAUUGUUAAAUGUGAA